AUGGCUCUUAUAACUCGAGCUGAAGUUACUGAGCAUACAUCGGGUAAAAGUGCAUGGUUUGUUAUUGGUAAUAAAGUAUACGAUAUUACGAAAUUCAUGGAUGAGCAUCCAGGUGGCUGUGAAGUGCUUUUGGAACAAUCAGGGAAAGAUGCUACAGAAGCAUUUGAAGAUGUUGGACAUUCGUCGGAUGCGCGUAAAAUGAAAGAAAACUAUUUGAUUGGCGAAAUUAUUUCUGUUAGUUUGUUUUUUUAUUUUUUCCAUAACAUCGAAUUUGGAAUUGAAAUAUUUUUUUCUGCAAUCGAUGGAUUUUUCUGGCCUUCAUUAAUAAUUAUUAUUCUUGCAUUUUUAUUUUAUCUUAUUUUCGGUUAA